AUGGGGAGUUCUCAAGCAAGAGCAAUAAAAGGUUCAAUGCAUAUCGAGCUUGAAAAGAUGGAUUGUAAUAGUGGAGGAGAUGUUACUGGCAGCGUUCACUUUUAUCUUCAUGAUACGCUUCCUCGAUGCUCUCUUUUUCUCAGUUUUAAAGGGAUUGAAGAGACUUAUUGGGAAGAAUCUUCUGCAAGCCACACUGUUGAUCCAGAAUCAGAUCCAGAAGAAGAAUAUAUUCAAAACUAUCAUGAUAAAAAAACUAUCGCUAGCAUUAAGCACCUUUUAUAUGAAUGGAAAUCGUCCUUGUCUGCUGGGGAUUACAAUAUUCCUUUUAUCUUCAAACUGCCAGAUAAUCUUCCAGGGUCAUUCAAAUACAGAAAAGAAACUACCUGGGCAAAGAUAGAAUAUCCUACGUUUUUAUAUGCAAUAUUAUAUAGUAUAUUCAUAUUUAUUUACCAAUUAAAUUUAUAAUUAAUUUAUUUAAAAUAAUAUCAAUUUUAAUUUAAAAUAUUAUAAAUACAAUUUUAUUGACGAAUUUAUAAAUAUUUUAAAUCUUAAUUCAGAAUUAAUUUUAAGCUAAAUUGACUUCUGAAGAGAAUACACAAUUAAAUCAAAGUUAAUUAUAACAAAUGGAAGAAAAUUAUUUGACAAAACAGAAAUGUAUAUAAAUGAAAAAGCUGAAAUUUGUAAGAAAAAACAAGAAAUCAAUAAAUCUUUCGGCUUAAAAAAGUGAUGCUGUAUAAGCCAAGGAAAAUGCACUCUGAACUUGAAAAUAGAUAAAAAAAUAUAUAAUCCAGAUGAAAUAGUCAGCACCGUAGUAGGAGCUGACAAUUCUCAGAGUAAAAUCGAUAUAUCAAGCUUAGUUUGUACUUUAUGAAGAGUUCUUAGGCUAAAAGCAGGCAAGUCAAGUACUUUUAUUAAGCAAAGAAUUACUGAAACAAGAGAAGGUGGCCUGGAUUUUGGAAAAUCUUUAGCUGGGCCCUAUGGUAUCAUUAUGGACUUGAAUCUCUCAUCGAUCAAACACAAAACUGGUAUGAUUUAUUCAACAAAAAGCGCAAUGAUUGAGUGCUCUUAUAUAAUAGAGUAUCAUGCUGAUAUGAAUGGAUGAUGCACAUGCUUAGGUGAAAAGCCAUCAAUAGAAAUUCUGAUUUAUUUAUUCCCAGCUGAAUCUAUCCAGAAUGAUCCUUCCAAUUUUUAUAGCCUUUAA